CUGACUUUGGCGUUCAUCGGAGGAACAAAGGACGCGUGAUGGACGCGACGAGGGAUAGCUGGACUGAAGGGACGCGAGCAGCGUUCUUGGAAGCUCUUGAGUUGUAUCCGGCUAGCACAGAGUAUCUUGCCCAUACCGACCCGGCGAUUUUCACGUCUUCAGCCUCUGGCGACGCUGAGCAGGUGGUUCUCAUAUCCACCGCGUUGGCUCAUGCUCGGGACAUUCAAACCUUUGUGCAUAAGUUUACAGGAAUUUCUCUGCCCCUUCAAUCCAUCGCCGUGUGCGUCCGGGAGCUGACAGAACGGAAUGGUGGCCAUGCUUCGCUUAAAGUACCUGCCUACGGUCAUCCGGCUAAGCGAUCGUCCCCUCUGGCGUCGCUGUGUCACACUGCCAUCGAUGUUGAACCGACUCUGGUCAGCACGCAGCCUCAACAUCGCCGUUCUGAGCCUCGCGAGUUGUCGUUGAAUAGCCAAGUGCUCCAGUCCGACGCGCUUUUGCCUAACUUCACUCGGCGUGAGCAGACUUCCGAAGACUCUAGCCAAACAAUUACCUCGCCGAUGUCCCUACCUGCACUAGCGUCACCUGGUCUGUCCAACUUCGAAAACAUGUCGCUUUCUUCCCCAAGCCCCACUCCUUUAUCAAUGUCUCGCCGUCGACUUGCAGCUAAUAUACCUGCACUGCGAUGCCAAGUUCGCCUUCCCCCACCGUCCUUAGGGCCCCGUUCUAAUCCCUCCUUGGAUACCCCGCGUUCUCCUCAUCCCAACUCUCCUUCACUUCCUCGUAACAAUCAUGAGGCUCUGUACCAAGUACAGGCUCAAGGUCUCGUAACACCUGUCGACCAAAUCAUCCACACUCCCUUUCAGCCUCCGGAGAUGGAGUCUCCACUGACCGAGAAGGGCGACGGACGCUGGAGGUUCUCUUCUGGCUUGUCGUCUCCUAUGACAGACUAUUCCAAUCUGCCCUCUCCGUCGACCCUGACACCACUGAUUGAUGACUAUCACAUGGGCAGUCCGGUGUCGGCUUUGCGUUCACCGGCCAACGGCGGUGGCUUCUCUCAUGCACCGGAGCCCUCUGCAACGCCUAUACGCCGUCGACCAUUAUUAUGCUCGCACACUUUGUCACGCCCUAUCCUGUCGUUGUCUCGCCGUCUGUCCUAUUCACAGGGCGUGUCAAGAUCGGCUCACAAUACGCCCGAUCGGUGCAGCCCUCGUAGUGGCCCGCCGCCUUAUGAAAGCUCUGGCCUUGCAUCGCCCCUCGUCAUCAGGACUCCUGACGCGACAGAGGCCAACGGUGAUGCAGUGGACUCUCCGAUUGUCAUACCUUCAGGGAUUCGCACAUAUUUCGAUUAA